GCCAGUCAGCGUCAACAUGGGUAUAGUCACGUGGUCACAGUCCCUAAGGGAUAUUCACCGCCUUGGGGGUGAUUCUGGCAUUCCCAUUCAGCUUCAGAUUCAGGUGCACGUCGAACUCGAGUAUCUGCAAUUACCAUCCACACUCUUCAAAAUGUCUCUCAUCAACGAGGUUCACGACUCUUUACCAUACAUCGAUGCCGAGCCUUCGGCCGUCGCGCGCCAAAAAGCUCAACAGCUCAUCAACGCGGAGCUCGCCCCAGAGCACACUUCAACUCUACACCCAUCCAUUCCCGCCAGCCCAGAAUCAAAGUUUUCUGCUCUCAUCCAACAAGAACUGGAACGCAAAGCCACGGGGGCUCCCCUUACUGGCGGCAUCGACCUAACCCGCUACGAAGCCCCCGAACCACCGACCCGCACCUCCGACACCGAAGCCCCUAACCUGCCCGAGUGGCGUGAGACCCUGCAAAAGGCCUAUGUUUCCAGCUCACACUUGACCAAGCGACAUGAGAACCUCACGCUGCUGGAGGAACACGGCAAGAACGCGUGGCUAAUUGGAAAUUCGCAGCUGGAGGAGAUCCUGCGUGGUAUGGAGAAGGAGUUGGCAGAGACCAAGAGCGCCUCGGAGGAGGUCAAUAAGCAGCGCAAGAUUGCGCAGGACGCAAGCUCUGGCGAGAUGACUAGCCUUGAGGAGACGUGGAAGCGUGGGGUCGGAGCGGUGUUGGAAGUCGAGUUGGCGUCGGAGGGCUUGCGGAUGCAGAUUCUGGAGCAGAGGCGGUCGGCGGCGCAGCAGCAGGCGCGGUAAAUGUCGUCGACUGGAGGAUGACUUACAAAAAUUUUUCCUUCUCCUCGUCAAGUGGAGUGCUGUUUUUCGAGUUUGGGUGUCACUGCGCGACGCGGCAACCCUUUCUUGAUUCGAGCUGAAGUGUUGCACAAGGUUUGACUUGUGUGCCAAAUGUGCUCGACAUUUUCGUAUAGGCAGCUUGCCUGGCAGCACUAUUGUCAUCCCUAGCGUAUCAUUGCGCAGGCCGACUGGGCUACUGUCGAAGGCCCUCUCAAGCUCGGGACGCACAAUCUCUGUCCGUUUGAUCACCCCGGGCUUGUCGCGUGUCCAGCGAUGAUUCCCCUCUCUACGAUCCAAUGCCUCAUGUCAGUCACUUUGGCGGCAUCCGCCUGAUAGUAGAUGUCUCGCCUUGGCUCGUAUCGGGAAGCUCAUGACUCGACAGCAUGCCAUAUGCCCAUACACGAGCCCUGGGAGUGAACAAACUGCGGGAGCUUGGCUUCUCUCCUGCAGUUCACGCACGGUAGAUCAAUAUUGAGGCCCGCGCAAGCUAAGAAUACCAGUGAAUCAAUAAACCAACCUUGAUCUAUCUUGAUCUGUUUCGAUAAGAAAUGGCUACUCAUACUGUUCAAAAAAAAAAAAACAACCAGAAGUAGUACAAAUGCUCAAUUGAACGCUCUGCUUUAUGCCUGAAAAGAAAUAAGAAAAGAUCCAAGUAAUCCCAUUUUCACUCGAUGCACGCUAUACGAGAGGGACAGCAUCAGACCACUCUCUUAUUCUCACAACUUCAUCUCCGGCGAGACAAGCUUAACAUCCACCCCCUCCUCUCCCAACGAAAUCGCACCAGUCAGCACCUUCCCCUUCACCUCAGCAACCCGCUUCGCAUCAGCCUUCUCAUUCCAAUGAGCCAAUUCCUUACACAGUCCCUCCAACGUCGUAAUAACGGGUCUAUACCCCAACCCCCCCUCCUCAGCCCCCUUUCUCGCCCGCUCAUCAUCCGCAAUACAAAAAACGUCCGAAAUCGCAAACAGCGACGGCUGAAUCUGCAGCAAAUCCCCCGUCAACUUGGGGAGAAGCCAUGGCAGCACCGCAUGCUGGACGUAGACAUAUGCCUCGACCAAAUAGGAUAGCAGGAGAAGCGGGACGGGUUGGAUGGUUGGGAAAGAGACCGGUGUAGAGGAGAGGGUCGUUAGGAGGGUGUAGAUGUCGCCGAAGGACACUGCAGGGUUGGGGUCCGUUACGACGAAGGCCUGGCCGCUGAUGCUCGGGUGCGUGUUCUGCGGGUUGGAUUGUUCGAGGAGGCGGGCUUCGUAGAGGAGGUGUGCUAGGGAGACGUUCUCGGCGUUGACGAAGCUUUGGAUUACUGGGCGGAGCCAGCUGGAAUUAGUGGUGUUAGUGAUGUUUAUUUUGCGAUUUGACCAGGUUGUUGAAUGCUUGGAUUUUUCUUGGGUUCUGGUGAUGGGGCGUUUUGGUAGACUUACGUUGGACUUCCACCCUUGCGUAGAUACUGGCCAGUAACCGUGUUGCUUGUAUCACAUCCAAUCCCAUAAAUCCCAUUCGCAGGUCUGAUACAGCCAGUCCGAAACCCGCUGGCGGGGUCAUCGGCCGCACAAACAAGACGUUCCGCUUCAAUCUU